AUGGUAGAUAUUAAGCUCACCUGCCGUCUCUUUCGAGACAUUGAAGCAAAUUCUGAGAAAUUUAAUAUUGAUAUCAAUACCAGCAAAACUGUCAAUUCCCUUAAAAAGAAAAUCUUCGAAGAAGUACAGAAGAAGAAUGAUAAAAUAUUUUCCGGUAUUAAGGUCAGUAACUUAGAGCUUUGGAUGGUACAUAUUCGUGGUGACGACGAAUUCUCUCUAAAAAAUGAUAGUACAGAAGGUAUAAAAGAGCUUGAAGAAAAAAUUAGUGAUUAUUGGGAUGACAAGAACCUUCCAGAAGAAGGAUUUACGAAUGUUAUUAUUGAUUCAUCACUUUUAACGGCUUUAAAACGGCUGGAGCAAUAUGAAGGCGCAAGUGACUAUAUAAUUCCAAAUAUUCAUCGGGCUGGAUUUCAAGAUCUGUAUUAUGCGAAAAUUAUUAGAAUAAAUGAUGUUUUACAAAUUGAUAAAAAAUAUUCUAACACAAAAAUCUUUAUCCAGUAUAAGGUAGUCGAUUUUGACGCUGGUACUCUCUUUGUACAUCUUAUUGAUGACAAAGAGCAACGAAAGGAAGGGUUUUUUCACAUAGGAGAGCUUGAAAAAUGGUUGAUCGGGUAUAGUAUUCUUGGUGAUGAGGAUAGACCCAGAGAAUAUAACAAUUCUGGUGAAAAUGUUGAAAUUAUUCGUAAUGGGAACCAAGAACUCAAGAAACAUCAUAAAGAUUCUACAGUAAAGUCGGAGUUGAAACAGGGUGAGAACUUAUCUGAAGAAUUUAACCGUUUAAAUAAAGCAGAAUAUCCAGAAGAAAAACUGCUUAUAAAUAAUGCAAUGAUGCUUUGUAACUGUAAAGUUUCUAGAGUUAAGGAUACUAAUCUUUUUAAUCGGCUUGAUGAUACGUCAAACACUUUUUAA